CUCGGCCAGGCUCGAGCGCGUCCCGGGGCAGGCGCGGCCUGCGAGACCCGUGCUAGCGCCCUUCGAGGGAGCAGACCCUUUUCAGGGCGCAGGUGACUCUCUCGGCGCCCGAGAGGGAUUCUGAAUAUGUCUGGCAUAGCUCUUAGUAGACUUGCACAGGAGAGAAAAGCCUGGAGAAAAGAUCAUCCAUUUGGAUUUGUAGCAGUACCUACAAAAAAUCCAGAUGGCACAAUGAAUCUAAUGAACUGGGAGUGUGCUAUUCCGGGAAAGAAAGGGACACCAUGGGAAGGAGGCUUAUUUAAACUACGGAUGCUUUUCAAGGAUGACUACCCUUCUUCACCCCCAAAAUGUAAAUUUGAACCACCAUUAUUCCAUCCAAACGUGUAUCCUUCAGGCACAGUGUGUCUCUCCAUCUUAGAGGAGGAUAAGGACUGGAGGCCAGCAAUCACAAUUAAACAGAUCUUGUUAGGAAUACAAGAACUUCUAAAUGAACCAAAUAUUCAAGACCCAGCUCAAGCAGAGGCUUACACAAUUUACUGCCAAAACAGAGUGGAAUACGAAAAGAGGGUUCGAGCACAAGCCAAGAAGUUUGCACCAUCAUAAGCAUCUGUCAUGCAGCAUCUUAAAAAGGAAGGGAUUGAUCUUUCAGAAACUAGGUUGUUAUUGCUUAAGAGCCUCUGAGAUCCAAAGUCAGCCAGCAUCCUUAUUCUGCAUCACUUCCUUUGUGUUUAUAUGGCGUUCUGUCUGUGUUGCUGUUUAGAGUAAAUAAACUGUUUAUAUAAAGGGCUUUGUUUCAUUUAUCUUCAUUAAAAUGAUUAAAAGACUGCCAUUUAAAUGGCUCUGAACACAAUUCAGUGCAAGUCCUGUUUUUAAGGCCUGUGAUGCUGCACUUACCUUUUGUUUAGAUGUUGCCUUCAUUUCUUUUCCCUGCCCCCACCCCCAGCAUGAAAGCAGCCCUUCUUUGGGCCCCAAGUGGUAAUUGCAGCUAUUAAACUUUGAUCAGUUCCUUAGGAAUUCUGACUAGCUAGAGACCAAUUGCUUACUGUGCAUAAUGGGAUCAACAUACUGGUGUGACCAUGUUAACAUAAAAUAACGCAAGCGUUAGACUGAUAUGAACAAUUAUAGAAGCUGUCCAUGGAAUGCAAGGGGACCUACAGCAACUGGGGAUUUUAAAUGGUACUUGUUUAUCAGAAAUAAUUCUGUGCCUUCUUCCAUAUGUCAAUGUAUAUAGCUUUUAGGAAAAGGAUGUGCUCUAUGCAAUUACAGUUUCCUUCUGUAAAGGAAAUCAGUUAAAUUAUGUAAGUUAUUUUCAUGUAUGUCAAGCUGAUAUGCCCUCUAUUAAACUUUAACUGCUUUUUUUAUUGUAUUUUUAGUCAAAAUCAUUCUGCAAAACAAAUGAAGUGUGAGAAGUUUUGUUCCAUCUGAGCUGUAGCUUCUUCAGUGCUUUUGUUAUUAAAAAAUGGCUAUCGCUAGAGACUUAAGUUAUUCUAAGCGUGAUACAGCUCUGUUCCCAGAUCUGUUCUGCUUGUCUGCAUUUGAUUACGACAGCUUUGUAACAUAAAAGCGUUCCCCCAAAUUAGAGUAGCUAACAUCCUCACGUUACUCUCAGUCUCCUAAAAAUUGUUUGUGUAGGAUUGCCUCCUUGUCACUAUCUAGAAAUCCUUGUUACAGCAGCUGAUUUGGAAAAGACUUCAUAUGCUUGGGCUGGGAAAGUAACUGAGAAACUGAGCUAAAGGAGAAGGUUCCCUGUCAAAGUCACUUACUUGGGCUUCUUUUUUUUCUUUUUAAAGGGAAAUGGCAUAUUUGUACCACUAAAACUGCUGCUGUGACUGCCAAUUCUAGUUCCAGUAGGGCUAGUGUUUAUUGUUUCCAGUAGAUGAGGGUUAAGAGGUGAAAAUCUUGCUGUGACUUGAAGAACUUCUAUAUAUGAAG